UAUGAGCUGCAGGGACAGAAGAAAAGGAGAGUAGCUGUAGGAAAGGUCUGAGACUCCAGAACCAGGAUCACAGCCCGGACCGCGGACCAGGAACAGCCCAGUCCAGCAUGUCAGAGUCCAUCAAGAGGAGAAGCUCCAGCAGGCAGCUGCUGCAGAACCUCAUCAGGGUGACGGCUCAGAGGAGCCAGGAGGAUGCUGAGGAGGUGGAGCGGGAACGGAGGAGGAGAGCCAGGGACAAGCAGAGAGGAGAGGAAGGCUUCUCCUGGCCCGAACCGCCGCAGCACAGCGACCUGCUGCACAGCACCGAGUCUGAUGAGGAGCUGAAGCCCAGCUGCUGCUUGGUUCUGGAGGAGGAUGAAGGCUUCAGUGACUGGAGCCACAGGCUGGAGCAUCGUAACGAGCAGGAGGUGCAGGAUGACUGCAGGGCCAAACAGCGGCGACCCGGAGCGCCACCGGGCCCGGAGAAGGAGAAGCAGCAGGAGAAAGAGGAGGAGCAGACGGAGGGAGAGGAGCUGGAGCAAAGCAGACAGUCUGAGGCUGCUGCUGCUGCUGCUGCUGCAAGACCUCCAGAGAAGGCAUCCAGCAACAAAAAGGAGUGCAGGACGUCUUACAGCUCAUCGGUCUUCCUGACGCAGGACGCCAGGCCUCUUCAUGCCACAGGCCGAUCAGCUGACAGGACGUCCUACCUGGCAGCAGGGACGAUGAAGCCUCGCGGAGGGACCUGCAGGGUGGAUGGAGAGCUGGAGCCGGAGGGGCGGAGUGAGAGAGAGGACACAGCGGUGGAGAAGCCUGCAAGAACAUUACAGAGGGACUGGAGGCCCGCAGUCACUCAACAAAGCCCCAAAGAGGAAGAGGAGGAGGAGGAGGAGGAGGAGGAGGAGGAGGAGGAGGAAGAGCUGAACUUCACAGGAGGAGAGGAGGACUUCCACUUUAGGAGGGAGCCGAUACACAACAAGGAGGAGUUGAAGGAGGAGGGACACAAGGCACAAACCAAGAGAUCAGGGGAGAUCAGGGACAGGAGGACCGAGGAGGUGAACGCAGAAUCUGACUUCUCGGUCUGCAGCAGCAUCGACAGCGAGGAGCCCUUAAACUGCUACGGUCCCAUGAGCCCCACAUUCAAGAAACUCCUCAUCCAGUUCUACCCAGAUGAAGCCAACAGCCGAGUCUCGGCAGAUGGAAAAUGCACGAUAAUAGAGAGAACAGAGUCUCUGAGGAGAAGCACCAGCAACAUAAAGAAGACGCCUCCACCUGGUCCGAUUUCCAAAAUCGACAAGAAGCUGGAGCUGUACACUCACGCUCUGGAGGUCUCCUCAAAGGAGGGCAGGUCAGGUUGCCAGGCACUGACAGACCUGAUGAGUCCCACUGAGCCUGUCGCAGCUAAGAAGAACAUGUUUGAAGCUCGAGAGGCCUGUACCCAAAACAACAUCUCAGUCACGCCACACAAGGACGCAGAUGUUUUAAAAGUUGGUGUGGCUGAUCUCAUCAACCAGUGGGUGAAAGGAAGUGAAGAUGGAAGCAGGUGUAACUCGCCGUUCAAACCUGCAGAGAGCUCCUUGGGUAAAAAAUACAAGUUUGUGGUGACAGGUCACGGAAAGUAUGAGAAGAUUCCCAUUGAUGACGGCUGCAGUGACAAUGUCAGCUGUCAGUCAGCUGGACCAUACUAUGAAGAUUUGUGAACCACUUCUGAGGGGUGAAAGAAACAAAACAAAAACUGCCACUAUCGCUUCAUCAUUGUUCUUAUUUUAAGCUUCAAGUUGGUUAAAUACUUCAAUCUUGCUAUCUCCUGUGAUUUCCUGGCACAGUAAAGCAAAGUCUUUUCUGUUUAAUCUGACAGCUACUCAUUUCGUUCUGUGAAAAGCAUCUCAAGGGAGUUUAUGUGUCUUUAAAUACGACUAAAUAAAUCCACUUCAAGUGAUUGCUGAUGUUUGAUUCAACACUUUUUCAUCCAGCUUUCUGUUUUUGCCUCUGUUGAUUUACUGCCAAGCUGUCACCAUCA